GGGACCAAUUUGUGUUUUUAACAGGUAACCGUUUGAGAAAAUUAUUUCAAUUUCUUUAUUUUGGUUUGUGUUGUUUUCUUCUAUUGUUGUUCUAAUUUUUCUGUUUUAAUUAAACUAUAGCUCAUGAAUCAUAUAAAAGAUUGAUUAGCAAUUGUUUAAAUUGAUAAAAUCAUUUAGGAAAGUUAAUGAAAUUGGUUUGGUGUUUAAAUGUUGAUAUGAAAUUUACAGAUAAUGGACGAAAACCUCGUCACUGUUGUUGACUGUGAAACAUCUUUAAAAAUGAAAAAACCAAAAUUCGGAUAGGAUAAUCGUAGCUUCAUGGUGUUUGUUGAUUCAUGUGUAAUUGAAGUAAGAAAAGGCAAUAAAACCGAUACUCACUUAACUAAAGUUGGUGGGAGAAUAUACAAAAACACAUGAAGGAAAAAACAGGUUAUACGCUUGAAAAAUAACAAUUAACAAACAAAUGGGAGAAUAUGAAAAUAGAGUGGAAGCUUUAUGACCGAUUAAUGAGGCUUGAAAUCGGACUCGGUAGGACGAGAAGCCUAAUAGAUGCAUUGCCCGAGUGGUGGGAUGAGAAAAUAAAGGAGAAUAAAGAUUAUGCAAAAUUUAGGAACGCAUAUUUGAGCAUACUUGAUGAGAAAUAUGCUCUUUUGUUUCGGGAUUCUGUUGCCGUUGGAGAUCAUACUAUGACUCCAUUACAGUUUCAAAACAAUAGCAAUCCAAACGGAGAAAAUGUGGAGGGCAAAGGAGAUAGUAAUGAUAUCAAUUUAGAUGAUGAUGUUGAACUGCUUUUACCUAGUUUCCAUGAAAGUAGUUCGAGUAAGAAGAAAAGGUCUAAGCUUGUUUCCAACAACCGUUCAACUAAGAGUAAAAGUUUGGUUUUUGAAGAAAAAGUAGAUGCUUUAUUGGAUGGCAUAUCAACAAAAAGCACACAAACUUAUCCACAAAAUAAUCCUUCGACAACAAUAGCAGAUUGCAUGGCCAUUGUUACGAAGUUUCCCGAUUUUCGUGAAGGGUCCAACGAAUUUUCACAAGCAUUGUUUGUGUUCACUAAAAAGCAAAACCGUGAAGCUUUUAUGUUUCCAACGACUGGCGAAGCCAAGAUGGGGUUCCUUAAGUUACUUAUGAAAUAAUGAUUUAGCAAUAUGUGUUAUGCUUUGACAUUAUGUUUUAUGCUUUGACAAUAUGUAUUAUG